CAAAGAGAGAGGGAGGAGAAACCUGGAGAUGAAACUAGCAUUGAGAGGGAAGUAAUUCCAAAUAGAUUAAUAUUAUAAAUGCUUUGAGCCUAGGGAGAACUUGAAUAUGAGUGUGGUAUAGUAAAAUGCAUUAUAUUAUAGGUAACUAUGCAGAUUUAGAGUAUUAUGAACCCAAUAUAAAUGUAAACACCAAAAGCCUGAUUAGAAUAUAAGGAUUUAAAAUAUCCAUGAGGAAUUGAUCCAUAUUCCAGCCAACUUGGUAUUUGCCUCUAAUGGAAGUACCUUAAAAAUGUAGCAGACUCUGGUUGUCUGUCCUGCUAUCAGUAGUGAAAGAUAAGGGAUGCUUGGUCCCAAAUCUUGGGUUUCCUUGACCAUAAUGUAUCUAUUGUUCACUCAGUUAAACUUUUCAAAAUUUGUAACUUAGGACUAAAUCCCUAUUAGUAUGGUAACAAAUUUUAGUUUUUACCGGUAAUUAGUAUUUUUACAUGGUCAUUAGUAUUUCAUUUUAUUUGUCUAAGUUUACAGAAAUGUUUAAGCUCCUACAGGGAUUUGGCAUUUCUCAUAUUCUACAGUGUUUUGAAUCAUCUAUGUUAAACUUAUUUAUACUUUCAUGAUUUGAUAAAGUUUUAUUAUUUUGCCUUCAUCAUUUUUAUAUCUUUUAAGGUUUUUAAAUUAUUUAUUUAUUGGAGGGAGAGAGACGGAGAUCGUGAAAGAGGAAAGGAACAGGAAGGAGAGGGAGAAGCAGGCUACCCACUGAGCAGGGAGCCUGAUGAGGGACUCGAUCCCGGGACUCCAGGAUCAUGACCUGAGCUGAAGGCAGUCGCUUAACCAACUGAGCCACCAGCCAUAUGUGUCAUUGUCUCAGCAGAUGGCACCACCUAGUCCCAGCAACAGUACCCCAAACAACAGCAGUGGGAGCAAUGGAAAUGACCAGUUGAGCAAAACCAACCUCUAUAUCCGGGGAUUGCAACCAGGCACUACUGACCAGGACCUUGUCAAAUUGUGCCAGUCAUAUGGCAAGAUUGUCUCCACUAAGGCCAUCCUGGACAAGAGCACGAACAAAUGCAAAGGCUAUGGCUUUGUGGACUUCGACAGUCCUUCAGCAGCGCAGAAAGCUGUUGCGGCGCUGAAAGCCAGUGGUGUACAGGCACAGAUGGCGAAGCAACAGGAGCAAGACCCUACAAAUUUAUACAUAUCAAACCUUCCACUCUCAAUGGAUGAGCAAGAACUGGAGGGGAUGCUGAAGCCCUUUGGCCAGGUUAUCUCCACUCGAAUCCUCCGAGAUACCAGUGGGACCAGCAGAGGGGUUGGCUUUGCAAGGAUGGAGUCCACAGAGAAGUGUGAAGCCAUCAUCACCCACUUUAAUGGAAAAUACAUUAAGACACCUGCUGGAGUACCAGCCCCAUCUGAUCCCUUGCUUUGCAAAUUUGCUGAUGGUGGUCCAAAGAAACGACAGAACCAAGGGAAAUAUAUGCAAAAUGGACGGGCCUGGCCAAGGAACGGAGAUAUGAGUGGUAUGGCCUUGACCUAUGACCCCACCACAGCUCUUCAGAAUGGGUUUUACCCGGCUCCUUAUAACAUCACCCCCAACAGGAUGAUUGCUCAGUCCGCCCUCUCCCCCUACCUUCCAUCUCCUGUGUCUUCCUAUCAGAGAAUAAGCCAGACAUCUCCUCUGCAAGUACCUAACCCGUCCUGGAUGCAUCCCCAGUCAUACCUCGUGCAGCCUCCAGGUUCCGUUCUGCCGCCGGGGAUGGAUCACCCCAUUCCUCUCCAGCCUGCCUCCAUGAUGGGACCCCUCACCCAGCAGCUGGGGCACCUCUCCCUCAGCAGCCCAGUACGUGCCAGCGGCCGCCCCUGUGCCCGGAGCUUACCUCUCCCCGUACACCCCCGCGCCUUCUUCCGGUGUUGCAUCCGAGGAGAGCAGCGGCCAGCAGACUCAAGUGCCGGUGGAGGCUCCCUCAGACCCCGGGCUCUACUCUUUCCAGUUCAACAAGUAGCAGCGUGGUCUGGAAGCGAACCCGCCAUGUCUCUGAGAUGUGCCUGGACAGGUGGACUCUUGGAAAGGCUGAUGCUCCCGAACUCCCGGGGGCUGACCGGGAUUACAGCCCCGCUGUGGGCCCUGCUAAGGACUAACACUUGGGCAGCAUUUUUCACAGGCCUGGUCCUGGAGAAAGAGAUCUCUGCACUUGCGCCCUCUGCUUCUGCCUCCAUUCCUGGGGCAGCCGGGGGUGGAGGGGGGAACUGUAACUUUGUAUGUGUGCUGCAUUCAAGGAGAUCAAAAGAACUUUUUUCUUUCUUUUGCAAAGAAAGUUUUAUAUUUUGUUUUUAACUGCAAUAUACUCUUUCCGUAUCCCAAA